CAAUUUUUUAUAUAUAAAAAGGCGUACACCUUUUCCUCUUAACAGUAGCAUUUUUUUUUCAAAAAAAGAUAUUUAUUCUUUCAUGAACAUUUUUUUAAAAAUAUACUUUUUUUCUUUCCUUGUAAGUUAAAUUGCUCUACAAAUUAUCACGCGGACGUGCAAAACACGCAUAUAAUAGGAGAAAAAACAAAAAACAGAAAAAACUUUUUAUUAAUCUCUAGCAUUAUUAAACUUUCUUCCCACAUCAUUAUUUCGCUGAGCGCGUUAUUUUUACCACAUAGAGGGAUAGCAUUUUUACGUAAUACUCCCAGAAGUUCUUCCUAUAGUUCUAUACCAUCCAUCUACACGUAGGAAAAAAUGGCCCACGUAAUUACUCGUAUUUCUGCCCGUGAAAUUUUGGACUCCCGAGGAAACCCAACCGUCGAAGUGGACCUCGAAACGAACAUCGGUAUCUUCCGAGCCGCAGUGCCAUCAGGAGCAUCCACAGGAAUAUACGAAGCGUUGGAAUUAAGAGACAAUGACAAGGGAAGGUAUCUAGGAAAAGGUGUACAGAAGGCAAUCAACAAUAUUAAUGAGCACAUAGCACCAAAGUUGAUUGGCAUGGAUUGCAGAGAACAGAAAAAGAUUGACAACUUGAUGGUGGAAAAAUUAGAUGGAAGCAAGAACGAAUGGGGAUGGUCCAAAAGUAAAUUAGGAGCAAAUGCAAUUUUAGCAAUUUCGAUGGCUGUAUGUAGAGCUGGAGCUGCUGCGAAUAAGGUGUCUCUGUACAAAUAUUUAGCCCAGUUAGCAGGAAAGAAAAAUGACCAGAUGGUUUUACCUGUCCCCUGUUUGAAUGUAAUAAAUGGAGGAUCCCACGCAGGUAACAAAUUGGCUUUCCAAGAAUUUAUGAUAGUCCCAGUUGGUGCACCAAAUUUUAAAGAGGCAUUAAGAUACGGAGCGGAAGUGUACCAUACACUCAAGUCGGAGAUUAAGAAGAAGUAUGGCAUUGAUGCAACGAAUGUAGGAGAUGAAGGAGGAUUUGCUCCCAACAUAUUAAAUGCGAAUGAAGCCUUGGAUCUUUUAGUAAGUGCUAUUAAAUCUGCUGGCUAUGAAGGAAAGGUGAAAAUCGCCAUGGAUGUUGCUGCGUCGGAAUUUUACCAAGCUGAUACGAAGACUUACGACUUAGACUUUAAAACGCCAAACAAUGAUAAGUCUAUGGUCAAAACUGGAGCUGAAUUGGUUAACCUUUACAUCGAUAUGGUGAAGAAGUAUCCAAUUAUUUCUAUAGAAGAUCCAUUUGAUCAAGACGAUUGGGAAAAUUAUGCCAAGCUGACAGCAUCCAUUGGUAAGGACGUACAAAUUGUGGGAGAUGACUUACUAGUUACUAACCCUACAAGAAUUAGCAAAGCUUUGGAGAAGAAAGCCUGCAAUGCUCUACUGCUGAAGGUGAACCAAAUAGGUUCCAUCACGGAAGCUAUUGAGGCUUGCUUACUAUCGCAGAAGAAUGACUGGGGUGUUAUGGUUUCACACAGAUCUGGAGAAACAGAAGACGUUUUUAUUGCUGAUUUGGUUGUUGCUCUCCGAACUGGACAAAUCAAAACGGGUGCUCCAUGUAGAAGUGAGAGGAAUGCAAAGUAUAACCAGUUGUUAAGGAUUGAAGAGUCCCUUGGAAGCAAUGCUCUUUUCGCCGGAGAGAAGUUUAGGCACCAAUUAAAUUGA